AUAGAGAAAAUUAUGUUGAGUGAUAACAUGGAAGUUGUUAAUCACCGAUCAAAAUGCGAAGAACAAGCGACACUCAAAAUUCCCAAUUCUAAAUCCUUUAGGAACGCUGGAGCUCCGAUCUCGUCGCGAAGCAACGAAACCGAUCUUUCCCCCCUUUUUCUGUGGUGGGUCUCAGACAUUUAUAAACCAGGUACACAUUUAUGAACAGCGCGAUAUUUUUGGGGCGAACUUCAAUCGAUUUCAAUGUCCUUUUCCGCAUAAAUAUCUAUGUAUCAACCCUAUUUGAUAUUCCCUUGUCUGUAAAUCGUAAUCGGAAGGAAACUGGUUCGAUCCAUCUGAAUUCCAGUCGUUAUCUCUUUCCAUUUUCAGAACUGCCUUGUUGUAAUGGAUAGUUUACCUGAAGUAUUGAUUUGGGAGAUAUUGAAUAGAGUUAAGAAAACCAUCGACCGAAACUCUUUGGCGUUAUCGUGUAAGCGUCUUCAUGGUUUGGACAAAGAAAACAGACACUUUCUUCGAGUUGGUUGUGGAUUAGACCCUGCAGAUGAAGCUUUGACAUCUCUGUGUCUCAGGUUUCCGAAUUUAACACGAAUUGAAAUCACGUAUUCGGGUUGGAUGUCGAAACUUGGGAAGCAAUUGGAUGAUCGUGGACUAUUCAUCCUCUCCAACCAUUGUCCAUGUCUCACUGAUCUAACCUUAAGCUAUUGCACGUUUAUCACCGAUGUUGGACUUCGCCAUUUAACGUCCUGCUACAAGCUUUCAUCUCUGAAGCUGAACUUCACUCCAAGAAUCACGGGAUGUGGCAUAUUCUCAAUUGCGGUUGGAUGCAAAAACCUCACUGUUCUUCAUCUUAUCCGAUGUUUGAAUGUCAGCAGUGUCGAAUGGCUUGAAUACCUCGGAAAACUCGGAACACUUGAAGAUCUCUCGAUCAGGAACUGUAGAGCAAUUGGGGAAGGUGAUCUGAUUAAGCUAGGCCAUAGCUGGCGAAAGUUGAAGCGGCUACAGUUCGAAGUCGAUGCUAACUACCGAUACAUGAAGGUUUACGAUCGUUUAGCUGUGGACCGAUGGCAAAAGCAGUGGAUCCUUUGUGAUGAUAUGUUGGAACUUAGCUUGGUGAACUGCAUAAUCAGUCCAGGGAGAGGACUUGCCUGUGUAUUGGGAAAGUGCAAGAACUUACAGAAAGUUCACUUAGAUAUGUGUGUUGGAGUUAGAGAUUGUGAUAUAAUAAGCUUGGCUCGAGAAUCGCAUAAUCUCCGCUCGAUUUCCCUCCGAGUUCCAUCGGAUUUUUCACUUCCAUUGUUAGCCCACAACACGCUGAGAUUAACAGACGAGAGCUUAAAAGCCUUAGCGGAUAACUGCGCCCAUCUCGAAUCAGUUAGAAUCUCAUUUGCAGAUGGUGAAUUCCCCUCGCUAUCUUCAUUUUCCCUCAAUGGGAUCCUUGUUCUAGUUCACAAGUGUCCAAUCCAAGAGCUCGCCCUCGAUCACGUCUACUCCUUCAACGACAUGGGAUUGGAAGCGCUCUGCUCGGCCUCCUAUCUCGAAACUCUAGAGCUUGUAAGAUGCCAAGAAAUAAGCGACGAGGGGCUGCAACUAGUGAGCCAGUUCCCUCAGCUGCAAAACUUACGACUAAGCAAAUGCUUGGGAAUCACCGACGAUGGGUUGAAACCGCUUGUCGAUGCAUACAAACUCGAGUCGCUGGUCGUGGAAGACUGCCCUCAAAUCUCCGAGAGGGGCGUCCAUGGCGCCGCGAGAAGCAUAUCGUUCAGGCAAGACCUGUCGUGGAUGUAUUGAAACUUGCUUAGUUUCCAUGAUUCAGUAUUAUAAUGAUUGUAACAUAUAAGUUCCCAUAUGUAUAACAAAUCAUGGCCUCAUUCCUUAAAUAAUUUGCUUGUAACUGUCUGGUGAUAGUAGUAGUCCGACGUGGAAUUGAUGCUGACGUUGCUGCUGAGCUUGAACUCCACGUCACCUCAUGUAUCAUGUGUCAUUUUUUCCCCUUCCAGCGUCAUGGUCCCAAUACAAUACAAUACAACAAGACCUUUUUUUGGAUUGAAA